UACUUCUCUUUCUCAUUAUACUAUUGAAUAUUUACGUACUUGGCUAUUUGAAGAUGACUUUAGAGAAAUAAUUCAUAUUGGAUAUAAUGAAGUAAUAUCAUUUACAGAAUAUCUUCAAAUUAAUAAUCAGAUUGCACCUUUAAUGUGA